GGCGCGCCGGGAGAUGGCCAGCGGCGGCGGCGCCCGCGGCUCCAAGAGAAAAAGGAAUUGGGAUGCAGAGUACCCCUCCUUUCCAGGAGACAGGCCCCUGCAGGUCAGAAGAGCAGGUCUCAGGACAGCUGGGGCAGCUGCCUCCCUCUCUGAAGCAUGGCUCAGAUGUGGAGAAGGAUUUCAGGACACUUCUGGGACUCCGUCAUUAACAGCUGAAAAGAAGACUGUUACAGAAAAGCAUCUUGAAUUAUCCCCUAGACCCAAGAAAGAAACUACCACAUCUACCAGUGGGCUUACAAAUAUAACAUGGAGUUCCAGUGGAAGUGAUUUGUCAGAUGAUGAUAAGACACUUUCUAAAUCACAGAGAGAUAAUGAACAUGGCCCCAGAAUAGGCAGAUUUUGUAACAAGAAUAUUUUAUGUCCAGAAGAUGGGGCCAGUGAAGAUGGAUUACAGUUUAUCGACUGGGAGAUCGACAGUGACAGGGAAGAUGGUAGUGACCGUAAUGAAUGUGAAGAUGGUGAGGGUGCUGUGGACAUCUCAGACUGCGCUUCUUGUGCGAGUAGUCAUUCUUCGACAAGUGACGAGAGGCUGCCUGAGCUUCCCAAGCCAAUUUCUACAGAAAUUUUGGAAUAUUCAUCAGAUAGUGAAAAAGAUGAUGACUCAGAAAAUACCCUAGUCAUUGAUUCAGAAUCCCCUCACAAACUCACAGAGUCUGGAUCAGAUGCGAGACAGGGUGUGGAGAGACUGACAGACCCAAGGGCAGAAUCGGCGGAAAUCGUCAUAUAUACCCCCCAGAAAUGGACAGCUACGUUUCCUAGGACUCCAGAAAAUUCAGCAAAGAAGAAGAAGCUUUUAAGAGGUGGGCUAGCAGAAAGACUGAAUGGACUGCAGAAUCGGGAGAGAUCUGCCAUUUCUUUGUGGAGACAUCGAUGUGUUUCUUACCAAAAGACACUUUCAGGAAAGACCAACUGCAGGCUCAGGCUGACUGCAUUUAGUCCCAGGCAAAACACAAGUGGGCUCUUCUCCAAAAAGGAAAAAUUAUAUGGACUGAAGAGACCUGCACACUAUCCUGACUACUUUCCCCCUUCACCAGUUGAAGAUGAGCUGCUUUUCAGUAGGAAAUCUGGUGUAUUAACUGUGAGAAUUCUAGAGCUACAUGAGGAAUGCGCCAUGCAUGUUGCCCUGUGUGAGCAGUUGGCGGGGCCGUCAGCCGCUGGCCCUUCCGGAAGUGUGGGCCCCAGGCCUGGAGCCCACUUGAAAGUUCUCUUUACCAAGGAGACUGCAGGCUACCUCAGGGGGCGUCCCCAGAACAUUGUCCACAUCUUUCCUCCCUGGCAAAAACUAACUCUCCCAGAUGGAAGUUGCUCUGUUAUUCUGAAUACUUAUUUUUGUCAAAAAAUUGUUGCCAAAGAAGAUUCAGAAACAACUCGUCAAGUGUACUGUCAGGACACACCCCUUCCAAGAAGAAACAUAAUUUUGGCCCACAUGUUUAGAAUUAAGAGUCUUACAAAUAAGUCACCUGAAAUACAGGCCGUGUGCGCUGGGGCGGCCGCCACAGGGACCGGCUGGACCCGCGGCUGCGAAGAAGAAGCAGCGAGAGGGCGCGCCGCCGUGAGGGACGCCCUCCUGGACGUGGCGGAGGGCGCGGGGGCCGCGCCGGGCGUCCGCGUGGUGGUGCAGAGGGCGUACGCGCUUCCCGGCGGGGCGCGCGCGGGCGCUCGCGCAGCUCGAAUCUGUCUUCUGGUGCAAGACGCCUGUGGAAUGUUUGGUGAAGUGCACUUGGAGGCCGCCAUCUUGAAGGGAAGACAAUUGGAAGGGAAAUCCUGCAGCCUGGUGGGCAUGAAGGUGCUACAGAAGGCCACCAGAGGAAGGGCAGCGGGGCUUUUCAGUUUGAUCGACUCCCUGUGGCCCCCAGUGACGCCUCUGAAAGCACCUGGCCACGGCCAGCCCUGUGAAGAGGUAAAAACUCAUCUGCCUCUUCCUGCCUUCUGUUACAUCCUCACGGCUCAUCCAGUUCUGGGACAAAUUGAUAUCCUUGAAGAAGACCCCAUUUCAAAGCUCUACCAGCCUCCAGUUACCCGCUGCUUAAGAGAAAUUCUGCAGACUGGUGAUCUCGGUGCCCGCUGCAGUUUCUAUGCCCGGGUGAUUUAUCAAAGACCUCAGCUGAAGAAUCUGCUUCUUCUGGAGCAAAGGGAGAUCUGGCUGCUGGUGACUGAUACCACCCUGCAAGCCAGGGCUGAGAGCGACCCCGAGCUCCCCAGGACGCUGCCGGUCUGCGUGUCCCCCUCCUGUGUGCUGGGCCCGGAGGUCCUGGAAGCAUUCUCCAGGGCGGCUCCUCACGACAUCCUCUUCAGGGACGCCGUCCGAGACCAGGGUCGAGUUGCUUGUGUGGAGCGGACCGUCCUCGUACCUCAGAAGCCCCUUCCGCGCGUGGCCCCUGGCGCUCGGCCCUGGGCGCCGACUGGCCCGGUGACGCUGGACCGGCUGGACCCCGGCACGCCCGCCAACGCCGCGUGCAGCGUGCAAGGCACGGUGGUCGGCGUGGACGAGAGCACGGCCUUCUCGUGGCCCGCGUGUGACCAGUGCGGCAGCGGGAGACUGGAACAGAGGCCAGAAGACAGGGCCGCCUUUUCCUGUGGGGACUGUUCCCGAGCGGUCACGUCUCCUGUUGUCAAGAGACACCUGCAGGUCUUCCUGGACUGCCCCUCGAGACCCCAGUGCAGCGUGAAGGUCAAGCUGCUGCAGCGCAGCAUCGCGUCCCUGCUGAGGUUUGCCGCCUGCGAGGACGGGAGUUACGAGGUGGAGCGCGUCCUGGGAAAGGAGGUGGGGCCGCUGAAUUGUUUUGUGCGGUCUGUAACCGCCCUCCCGACCAGCUGCGUGGGAUUGGAGGAGAUCGCGCUGCCGGAGCGGGAGGCGCCUGCGCGGGACGCCCGCCCUGCCCUGGGAUCUGCGUGCGACCCGCGGCAAGGGUGGGAGCAGUGAUGGGGCAGUUACUUGUUAGCUGUGGACAGAGUGAAUGUAGUUUGUGAUCCUGGAAUGAAACUUACUAGAUUGUCCUGGGACAAACGUUAAUAAAAUGGUUUUGCAAAAUGAAAA